UCUCUCUCUCCCUGUCUGUGCAGACAGCGCUGUCAUAUUUCAGCUCUGCAGAGGGGCACUGCUUCCAGGUGCUUGUGCUGGGUCUGUUUUCCCCCUGCCGCGGGACCAUGGCCGCUCAGAAGAUCAAUGAAGCACACGAACACAUCGCUAAGGCGGAAAAAUAUUUAAAAACGAGCUUCAUGAAGUGGAAGCCUGAUUAUGACAGUGCCGCAGCAGAGUUUGCAAAGGCAGCUGUUGCCUUUAAAAAUGCCAAACAGUUUGAACAGGCAAAAGAAGCUUACUUCAAGGAAGCAGAGGCACACACUAAUAACAGAGCUCUUUUCCACGCUGCCAAAGCACUUGAGCAAGCUGGCAUGAUGCUCAAGGACAUGCAGCGGAUGACCGAAGCGGUGGAGUUAAUCGAGAAGGCCAGCAUGAUGUAUGUGGAGAAUGGCACGCCCGAUACAGCGGCGAUGUCCCUGGACCGGGCUGGAAAGCUCAUCGAACCGAUCAACCUGGAAAAGGCAGUGAAACUUUACCAGCAAGCAGCCUCUGUGUUCGAAAACGAAGAGCGCCUGAGACAGGCUGUGGAGCUUCUGGGCAAAGCCUCUCGGCUGCUGGUCAGGGCUCGCAGACUUGAUGAAGCUGCGGUGUCAAUACAGAAGGAAAAGAACAUGUAUAAAGAAAUAGAAAAUUACCCCACCUGCUUUAAGAAAACAAUCGCCCAGGUACUUGUUCACCUUCACCGGAACGACUUUGUUGCAGCAGAUAAAUGUGUCAGAGAAAGUUACAGUAUCCCAGGGUUCAGUGGCAGUGAAGAUUGCAUUGCCCUGGAACAGCUUCUGCAAGGCUAUGACCAGCAGGAUGAGGACCAAGUGUUUUCUGUGUGCAACUCGCCUUUAUUCAAAUACAUGGACAAUGAUUAUGCCAAGCUGGCUCUCAGUCUGAGGGUUCCGGGAGGCGGAUCCAAGAAGAAAUCUCCUGUCACGCCCCAGGCCGGGGCUGGGGGCUCCCGGGUCGAGGAGGAGGAGGAUGAGUACUCUGGGGGACUGUGCUAGCUCUGGACACUUCUCUACCGCUGCGCUGUUCAGCAGCUCAUGCAGAUCUGCGUCAGGUACAGGCUGUCCCGAGAGCUCCUUGAGGGGGACUUCUGCACAUUGAAACAGCUUCUCAGCAUCAAUUACUUUGCAUCGCCAAUGUUACUAAUUAAUUAUGACUACAAAAUGAUACUGAUGCCCGCCUGCUCUCCGAAGACAAAAAACGAAUCCCCGGCGUUAUUUCAUGACUUCCAAGUUUUGUUUUCACCUUGUUGUGUUUAAAUUAAAGGUUAGCCAAGGGAAAGAUCUUGAAAAUCAUGUUUCAAAAGUGAACAUACAAAUUCAUUAACAUUCAUUACCACCAUGUUGCUGGGUAACUUGCUCAAUGUUUAUACUUUAACUUUUGCUCUCCUUUGGUCCAUAAAGCCCACAAGAAAAUCCAAACAAGUGAUCGUUGAAAAAGCAGAACACAUACCAUUUCCUGUUUUCAGAUAUUGUUGCCUUUGUAUACAGGUUUAAAAAGUUAUUUCAAAUUUGAAGCAUAUAAAUCAAAUUAUAAAUAAUUAUAAAGCCUAGUUCCUGAAGGUAUUAGAUGUGUAUUUCCUUUGUAAGUGGUAUUGGAAAAUGAUCUUGUGUUAUUUAUUUUGUUUCGAUUCAUAUAUAAAAUGUCCGUAUAAUUGCCUAUUUUGCAUGAAGGUUAAUAUCAAUUAUUACAAGUCUCAGUCAGAAUAAAAAAGACUAUAUAAUCAAACUCCUGGUAAUAUCACUGUGGUUAUUGUCAUGAGCCUGUUGGUAUGUGUCCUACUGUAGCAAAACAGUUUAAUUCCAUCCCGCGUAACUUCAUUCUGUAUAUUUGAUAAAAAAUGAGUGUACAGCUAAUUUUGUGCCUUUAUGGCAGCUCUAAAUUAUAAGUAAAUCUUGGAAACAGUUAUAUCCCAUUCCAAGGCUUAAACAGACUCUUUUGGAUUAAACAUGUUUUUGCAGCUGUCAAAGUCUCAAGCCAGGAGUGAAAUUUUCAGUUUUCACUCCUGUGAAACCAUAUUGUAAAAUGUGAUGCAUAAAGUCUUGUUAAAGAUACUCAGACUGUAAUAUGGCAGAAAUCAUACAUAGUCUAGGCAUUUCCACUGAUAAAUGUAUUAUGCAUGUUUAGCACAGUCGGGUUGUAUAUCUGCGAUAUGGACAGCAGUGACUCAUCAUCGGUAUUUUGCUGAGUUGUUGGUGAGCUCCAGUUGAUCAGGUCUUAAUGAAACCUAUUUUGUUCAAUCCCUUUGAAGGGGUAUUGAGAGUUUCACUGCACUUGUGGCUGGAAUACAAAACUCUCUGCAUUACAAAAUGCGAUCAAAUGAUCACUCUAAACAGUAAUGAAAGGCACAGACAUAACACAUCUUAAAUUUACAAUCAGGAACAGUAUACAUGCAUGUGUAAUCAGGUAGAGGCAGGGUUUAUUUCUUUACAUGAUGUGCUUGAUCAGCCGUCUUGAGUUCAGCGCAUGUUGGCAGCAGUGACAAGAUUGAGAGAAACACUAUUGGUCGCAGCACUUAGAGGAGAUACACGUUCAGCGUGUCAUGUUCACCCUAACAUAAUUCAUUUUUGUUCUUUGUGGAUAGUACGUUUUUCAGUAUCGAUAUCCUAAGCUUUUGUGUCAACUGCUUGUAGUUUGUACACGUACAUGGUGUUUGUGGAGCAACUUACAGCAAAACAUCACCCUUCAUCUUCUUAUAGACUUGGAAUUUGUUUAAUUCGUUUGUUUUGUUAAUAAUUUGUUUUCAAUUUAUGUGAUUAAUUUUCAAAAAGAUCUGUACAGUUCGUGAAGGUAUUUCUGGCAGUUAGAUUAUGGAGGUGUAGGUAAGAGACAUGAAAACUGAAACAAUACAAAUCACCCCCUUUUAAAGUGGUAAUUAGUAUUUUACCCCUGUGUGGUAUUUCAUAGGUUAGUAAAAAAAAAGUUAACAUAAGCACAGCAAUAAAUCUAUCUGUGGCUGUUCUGUGAUACUGUACUGAGUGUUUUACAUUCAUUUAUGUUGGUGGUAUGUUAAAAUGGAGUUAUUUGUUGUAUGCUUUUCCUUAGUUUCAAAUUCGUGAUUUAUUUUGGUUUGUUCUGAUAUUCAGAAGGCAUUGAAAAUUGUUCUUACUGUGUAUGCAUAUAUUAAUCAGUAAAAUCUAUAUGUGGCCUGUUUCUGCUUUAGUCCGGUUU